GAGCUAGGGGUGAGGAGAGGAGGAGGGCUUCCCACCAGCCACCUUUUGUUAACAGCCGCCGAUCAAAGACCAAUUUUAGCCGGGGAUUCUCCCGCACAUCCUUCAAUCAACACUUCACAAUACCAACAAGCGAGUCCAGUCCAAUCACCACGAGAAUACCUGUGACUCGCGGCCGCCUUUGCUACCAGCGAACAUUGCCUUAGUGUCGAGGACACCAAGUGGCAAUGGCGACAUCCCGCCCAAAGAUGAACCUCCUCUCCCUUCCAGCCGAGAUCCGGUUGAUCAUAGGCGAGGAUGUGCUCGAGGCCCCAAGGGAGAUUCAGCUUUCGCAAACUGGCGGAAGGACAUCCAACACGUGGGAAGCUGCGACUGGGGAGCACUACGACCUUGACACUCAGAGGAUCACCGACAUCCACAACAUAAAGUUUCUCGGCAACGUGCUGACAGCCGGCGGUCCGAUCAGCAUGCUGCGACACUGCUUCAGCAGCUUCGACGAUCUCUAUCUAUUCUUGUCAGCACACAGACCAGCAGCACUCACGCAAAUCCGCUACCUGGUUGUCCACUGGUCAUGGCUUCCACCAGUUGGGGAGAUGCAGGCAAUGCUGGCGGGUACAGGACCAGCACCCGAUCCUCGAGCUGUCGGAGUUGCAAUCAACGGACGGGGCCAACAUGACCAUAUCCUGGCGCUGCUGUCGCACGCGUCGCGGCUGGAGCGCUUUGCACUACGGAUCGACAUGACCAACCACUACGACUCAAAUGGCGCGUUCGAUCAACAUAUGACCGAGACAAUGCUGUCAGGAGCAUUAACGUCGAUCGAGAACAUCCUCUUACACACACCCGACGAAGUUGACGGCGCCAACAUGUCCACUGUGACACGGUUGAUCAACCUCCCGGGAUUCUGUCUCGAGCUCCGCAUGUGCACCUAUGACGAUUCUACCAUGAAUCUGGUCGAACACCAGAUUGUCGACUUGGCUACACUCAAGGAUGGCCUGCCCAUCAACUUUGGUGCCAACCUGCCAUCGUACGCGUUCUGGACCAGCGCGAACACUCGCAACCGUGUCAAAGAGCUCAGCAUCAAGAUCCAUCGCCGCCAGCUGCACCAUGCCAGACUUGCCAGGCCUCCUCUUCCCACCGUCCCUUGCACUAUACGUAUGAAGGCUGCCUAUGACGCCAGCGGUCUCACUGUUAGUGGUCUUUAUAAGGAUGUCCAAUGGCUAGACCGACUAGACCAGCCACCGAGUUCUCGAACCAGGCGGAGCAAGCUCACGAGCCACAAUACCAUCGCCAGACGCGCAGCACGGCUUGUGGACCCAGCCGACGGGCUAAUCAAGCAGUCCAUCAAAGUACGAGCGAUUUACCUGUCCGGUGAGCGCAUCAUGGCUGCAGUCCGCUGCUGGGGUGGCAAUGAUGACCAGCACGUUCCGCUGUCUGCGCUUAUGGGCGACGACGGUCUCGAUGCGUUGAGCCACUUCCUCACCGCACCAGCCGCCGAUCUCCGAGUCAUAUUCACUGCCGUCGGCCCUCUGAAACUCCUAGAGGAGCUUGGCGGCUGCCCCUGUCGACGAAGCAGAGCACUAAAGCAGGUACAGUGCAUCUUGAAGAAGGCCGCUGCACCUUAGUGAUGCAGGCCAGGCCAAUCAUUCGUGGACUGCAAGGAUUUGAUGAACGACCGGCACUGGUCUCCAACUGGCG